UUAACUGAUAAUCCAAAUCCCCAGUCCACGUCUAUACGGCUUUUAAGCUUGAAUAUUAAUAGUUUUAAUGGCCAUGUUGCCCAAUUUCUAGAUCUAGUUGCUGAUACAAAAUCACAUAUUAUUGCUAUAACUGAAACAUGGCUUAAACCACUACAAGACAACUCGUUACUUAAUUUAGAAAACUAUACAGUCUUUAGAAGAGAUAGAGGUUUAAUUCAUCCAGAAAAUGGUUGCUUCAUUAAGGGUGGGGUUAUCUUUGUACCCAAUACAGACAAUAUAAAUCAACCUGAAUCUUUAAUUCUUGAAGUCAUAUCACUGACUAGAAAUCGCUUAUUACUAUCAGUAAUCUAUCGUAGGCCUCAAGGUAAUCUUUUAGAUGAAUUUUUUAAUGUAAUUUGUAAAUUAAUGAUAAAUUACAAAAAUCUAAUAAUUACGGGAGACUUAAAUUUUGAUCUGUUGGAAUCCUCUAUAACACCUAAUCACUUACAGUCAUUUAUCACGGAAUUAUCAUUAUUUUGUGUCCCGUUUGGUGCUACGCACCAUUCAAAUAACAAAGAUUCGGGGUUAGAUGUUAUUAUUCUUGAUAAUCAAUCCAAAAUGGUCAAUUUUUGUAAAUCUAAUCAACCCUUUAUAAGCGGACAUGAUUAUCUUGUAUGUGAUUAUACGUUUGAUAUCUUGAAGCCUUCGGCGAAAAUUAUAAAUUAUAGAGACUAUUCUAAAACUAGUCAAGAAGCUCUGUGUAAUGCCCUGAUGCAAUCUCUCAAAAUUGAUAGUGAACUCUUGGAAAAUUCUAAUCCUAAUUAUUUAGCUAGCUUAUUUCAUGAUACUAUUAUUGAAAUUCUUGAUGAAUUUGCACCUAUUCGUUCACGCAAAAUUACUCACGUUCCUAAUCCCUGGGUCACAAAAGAACUUAAAACCAAGUGCAAAGCACAUGAUACUUUAUAUAAACGUGCUAAAAGAAAUAACAAUAAAGACCUAUUAAAUCUUUUUAAGAUUAAAAGAAAGGAAUUAAAAAUAGAACUAACGAAGGCCCGUGAAAAUUAUUUAUGCAAUGCACUAAGUAAUAUACCAGCAGGUUCAAAUGUAUGGAGUAAACUUAAGCAGUUGGGAUUAGUUAAAGGUUCAAAUUCCUCGCCCUUAAAUUUCUUUGACUCGAGAGAAUUAAAUAAUCAUUUUGCAAAAAUAGUAAGACAUCAUCCACCAUGUAAUGAAGCAACUUUUGAAGAAGUUAAAUCGUCUCAUAGUAGGCUAGUAAAU